UGCAACAAUCAAGUCUCAUGAUGACAGAUGGUAUAACUUUGAUGAUACGAAUGUCUCACAUCAUUAUCAGCCAUUCCAGAUGGAUAACCAGGUGGAGAAAUCGCAGAGUGCUUACCUGCUUUUUUACAAGAAAAAGAAAAUGGAGGAUGCAGAUACUUGUACUCAAGAUACCAGUGAGACGUCCACUCACGAAAGCCUACCACUAGACAUCAGUGAUAACAACCAACAUCAAGAUGCUGACAAUAUCAGAGAGAAGCAUGAGGGUGAGGGAGAAGCAGAAAUGAGUAAUGACACUGCUGAGUUCUGUGAGAAAGAGAGCAGAGACAUGGACAGUUUUGAGUCUAGGGGAGUGGAAAUUAUAAGUGAUGCAGAGGACAGUGGAAGAAAGACGGGAGCUGAACUGAGAGAAGUAGACUCUGAACGAACUAACCUUGAUGAGAAUUUAGAGGUUCAGAGUAAUGGCAGAGGAGGAAUAGAUGGUGUUACACAGAGGAUACCAUGUGAGGUUUUGGUAGGAGAUGAACAGUUUGAAAAGGGGACAAAGACCUCCUCAAACUAUCUCACCAAGGAUGACAGAGAGUAUGAAGGCAAUAAUUGUCAAAACAUAUGUAAAGAUCAGGAGGUUGAAAAGAAACAUUAUGGCAAACAGGAAGGUGAGGAAAAUAUGGAAGUAAACCUUGAAGGUGACGAGGAAGGAAAGACUAAAGAUGAUGAACUGACAUCAGGGAGUAACAAAGAAGUAAAGGGUCAGGACAAUGAAAGAUCAGAUCAUGAUAGCCAGGUCAUACAUGACGGUCAGGAACAGGCUUCCGUCUGGCCACUCUACCAUAAAGGCCUGAUUGGUGGAGUGCUGCAGAGAUGGUUGUCCUUCUGGAAGGUUCUCCAAUCUCCACAGAGGAAUGCUGGAGCUCUGUCAGAGUGA